AUGAGGCAGGAGAUGGGCUUGAGCACUAUCUGCGACGAGCUGCCCCAAGGUGAGGCCGGCCUGAAGUUCUUCCUGGCCACUGUGCCCCUUUCCCUUCCCUGGGGGCGAAGGCAUUCUGGGGGUAGAAGGAGGCUUGCGUGAUCUGGGGGCGGAGAGGAAGGGGGAGGAAGCCUCUUUGGGCAUGUGCAGAGCGCCUCCCCCCAACACCGCGGGAAAGGAAUAGGUGCCAACCCGGAGGCGCAUCGCUGCCCAAGGAGAAAGUGCGCCGCGGGUCAGGCUUGCGCCCACCUGCCACACGGGCGAGUUUCCUGGGGUUUGUCCUCGGCCCACCUGAAAGUGUUUGGGGGGGCCUCCGCAGCAGGGCUCCGGGGAUGUAGGGCAGGAGUGAGUGGGUCAAAUGAAGAGCCCUCUCCCAGCCCUAUACAGUACCAGCAUCUCUUUGAUGCUUUCUCGCGAGCGCCCGCCCCGUCGGGGAGCGCCACCAUCGGGGGUUUGCAGAAGAAACUCGGCUACAUGUGAGGAAGCGGGUGUCUGCGUGUGUGCGCAGCCGGCCCGCUUAAUGUGUGCCCUCCUGCCGCCUAGCUCCCGCGGACAUCACGAGCGCUCGUGGCCUGGUGUGGCCCUCGGAACAGCUGACGACUCGCAGCCUGACACGGGUCCUGCACCCUCCCGCCCCGGGUAAGCAAGAGGCCGCCGAGCUUCUGUUGAGGAGGGGCGGAAUCGACCUUCCACCGGGAAUUGCCUUCUCCAGCAACUAGCGGAUUGGGAUGCCCACCAGCUGUGAGUGGCAGGGAGAGGCUUAAAGGGCAAGGGAGAUCUUAGCAGCUCGGUAGUGGAGCACUUGAUUUGCGCGCAGAAAACCCCAGUCCCCUUUGGCCUCUCCAAGACAAGGCUGGGAAAGGAGACUCUUGCCUUAAAUCCUGGGGAGUUAUUGCUGCCGGUCGGUGUUGUAGGCAAUGCUGAGCUAGAUGGAUCAGUGGUCUGACUGACUCUGCCACCUUCGCCGCAUCAAGCAGUUGGUCCCUUACCUUUCCCACCCUGACCUGGCCACAGUGAUCCAUGCGACGGUCACCUGCAGGCUUGACUACUGUAAUUCGCUCUACGUGGGUCUGCCCUUGAAGCUGUCCCAGAAACUCCAGCGGGUGCAGAAUGCUGCAGCGAGGCUCCUCACGGGGUCUCUGCCAUGGGAGCAUAUUCACCCAGUGCUUUUCCAGCUGCACUGGCUCCCGGUGGAGUACAGAGUCAGAUUUAAGGUGCUGGUUUUGACCUUUAAAGCCCUUCAUGGCCUAGGACCCUCGUACCUACGGGACCGCCUCUCCCGGUAUGCCCCAUGGAGAGCCUCAAGGUCCAUAAAUAGCAACACCCUAGUGGUCCCGGGCCCUAAGGAAGUUAGAUUAGCUUCAACCAGAGCCAGGGCCUUUUCAACACUGGCUCCGGCCUGGUGGGACGCUCUGUCUCAUGAGACCAGGGCCCUGCAGGAUCUGAUUUCUUUCCGCAGGGCCUGUAAGACAGAGUUGUUCCGCCUGGCCUUUGGCUUAGAGCCAAUUUGAUUCCCUCCCCCUUUUUCUUUUUCCUUUUUCCUUUCUCCUCCUGUGAUGAGGCUGCAUUUUAAUAUUUUAAUGUUGUAUUUUAAUCUUGUUUUUAAGUUGUAUUCAUUCAACUUGUUUUUAUUAUUGCUUGUUAGCCGCCCUGAGCCCGGCCUUGGCUGGGGAGGGCAGGGUAUAAAUAAACAUCAUCAUCAUCAUCAUCAUCAUCAUCAUUAUUAUUAUUAUUCUACUUCUGAUGUUCCUAGGCUUGUUGUGGAAUGUGGGAUUGCAUGCGGCAGCAGGAACCCAGCUGAGGCCCUUUGUUUUCUCUCCCUGCAGAAUCUGACCCACAGCCCCACCCGUGGAUGUGGGUGAACCCAAACCUGGCCUGCAGCAUCCCUGGGCAUGCCUCAGUGGUGGCGCCACUGCCUUCAUCUUGUCCUGCCACUAGAGAGGUCUGUGGAGACCGGGCCAGCAAUUCAAUGGCAAGAAGUUUACGUAUCUUCUGGACUGUUUUGAUAUGAGCUAUUGCAUGGCUCUAAUCUGGACUGGCCCUCCUGAUUUCAGUGGGAGCCAGCAGCCUAUGUGUCUGUUCUGUUUUUAAUUAGUUAAUUAAAAUGUUUGAAUCCCACCUUUCAGUUUGGUAUCAAAAAAUUGCUAGGAAACAAUGCAAAAUAUUAAAAGUUUCCUAGGAAGGUGGAAAUGGGUGGUCAGAGCCAAUCCUCCUUUCUGCAGGGGUUCCCAAACUUGGGUCUCCAGUUGCUUUUGGACUACCACUCCCAUCAUUCCUAGCUAGCAGUACCAGUGGUCAGGGAUGAUGGGAAUUGUAGUCCAAAAACAGCUGGUGACUUGAGUUUGGUAAACCCUUGUUUGGAGAGCCAGGCUACCCAUAUGGGGCUGGUGACUGUCAUGUGUGGGGCAAGCCACCUAUCUGGUGGUGCCAUUUUUUUCUCUGGCCAUGGCUCAAUCUGCUGGCCAGCAAAUAAAGGAGAAAUAUUACCAGGUGUCCCUGCUUCCUUCCCGCAAUCUUAUGGUUCCAGGUCCCCAAGGAAGAGGAUACCUCCCAACUUUCUCAGAAGACGAGGGGCACUCGUCGGUCUACCUGGGCACCCUGGAAAGCAAAGGUCCUCCGAUCCCAUGCUAAGAAGCUGAAGAGGACCCUGGGAGACUGGCCCCGCCCACCUCUUAAUUACUGCAUCCUCAUCAGCCUUGCCCUGAGCAGCAGUGUGAGCAGCAGUCUGACAGUGCAGGAGAUCUACCAGUUCAUAAGGUACCGGCCCCUGAGCACUGGGGUGGGCAGGUGGGGGCCAGGAGAGGCAGAUGAUGGGUGAAGAUGAAGCUCAGUGAUUAAAAUGGGGACUUCUGACUUUGCCUUCCUUUCCUGGCUUGGCUUGGCUUUGAUGCUGCUCUCAAGUUGGUGUUGAAAGCUGCAUGUUCUGGCCGGAGUCUCCUAUGAUUGUGGGCAGCAUAACUGGGUGCUAGAAAGCAGUCUGUAAUUUCCUCUUUCGCCCGGGGCCCUCCCUACACAGUCCAUGGGGUACAAGCAUCCCUGGGGAUGGAAAAGAACGUUACGCUGCAGUGCUAUUGGUGGUUCAUCUGCUGCCUCCGUGGGGCCGCCUGCCCUGCUCUAGCCACUCUGCUGACCUCCCUCCUUGCCAGGAAGCACUUCCCCUUCUUCCGCACAGCUCCAGAAGGCUGGAAAAACACCAUCCGGCACAACCUGUGCUUCAGCAGCAGCUUUGAGAAGACGGCCGCCUUCGUGUGCCUUGAUGGGAACCGCAAGUCCCGCAUGUGGAAGUUGACCACAGAGGGAUGGCGCAAGUUUCGGGCGGAAACGCAAGAGCUGCCAGAGGACUUGGUGAGGCUGAUGCGUCAGAGCAUGGACAAGCCAGGUAGGAGGAAGAUGGUGUGCAACUGGAGAGGAGGGUGAGCAUGGCCAGGAGGGAAGGAGAUGGGACCCUGAACAGCUUGAAAUAGAGGAGGGAUCUGGCAAGCAGUUCCACUUUCAGCAAACCUAACUUUUCUCUGUUGGCUUCCUGAGCAUGGAAGUCACCUUGAUAAACCGAUGGGGCCACCAGCCCUGACAGCUUGUAUUUGCUUCCCUCUUUCCCCAGAACUGAUGAGGUCUCUCUUUGGCCUCGGAUCCUCACUAAACCUGGACGGCAUGGAGGAAACCCCACUGCAGUCGACUGUGCAUUCUCCAGUACGUAUAAAAGACUCCGCUACUUGUUGA